GCCAAAGGAAGGUAUUUCUUCUGAUGCUCCGUUGUGGAUCUGCGGAACUCCAGCGUCACACACAGCUCUGAGAUCGCCGCAAGUAUGAAAAAGCGAACCGCCAAGACGCCGAAAGGAACUCGCCGGACGCCCGUGAAGGCGAGGGGGAAGAAGGCGCCAGCCAGUGAAGCGGAAUUGGCCUCGCCGCCGUCGCCGCCCGACACACCGCCGUCGCCGUCUCCGGCGCUGCAGUCCCUUCCGCCGUCGUCUGAGCACCUCAACGCGCAGAAGGCGACUGCGUCGCCACCGGCACCUGCAUCCUCGGGGCGUAGGAUGGGUGCUGUGUUUCUCCUCAUUUCUGUCACGGUUCUAGUUUUGUGGUUCUGCAGCGGUGGUGGCGCCACUCAUCCGCACCACCCGUGCGCCUGUGCGACAGCGGCGUCCGUGUCGAACCCGCUCGCCAAAGCCCUGCUAAGUCGACGCAGCGGAGUCAGCGGCGUGCACUGGCACCAGCGCCGCGGAGACGCUGACAGGUUAGAUUUUGCGUUGAAUUGUCGCGGCGUGUUGGUCGCCCCGCUGCACGGGCCCUUCGCCUCCGUGGAUCAGCUGCGGGCGGAGACGCAGAAAUCGUUUGGAAGUCAAAAAAGUCGUUGCGUGGUGUGGGUGACGUCACCGGAGGCAAUCCAAAAGGUGGCGAACGCGCUGAAGGAAUUACUCGAGAACAACGCUUUGGGCGGUAGGCCGGUGGUGCCGCCUCAGGCUCGCGGCACGUUGGUGGUGAAGUCAGCGCACCCCCGCGAGGAGCUGAAGAACAUACUCCCCCAUCGCGUGGUGCACAUGCUCACCGAUGUCCAUUAA